UGCUCAUCAUUUUGGACAGCGAACCGGAAGAUAGUCGUCGGGAUUGGUGUACUGGCAAUGUACGCUUCUAGAGGUUAGCGAGCAAGGAUAUUUCGUUACUACGGAAUUUUGUGUUUGUUAAAUGUUCGUUAUAUUUGUUGCCGAAUAAUCCAGUCGACUCUGGUUUUAAGAUGACGUGCUUCGGACGCGAAUAAAUUAACUUAGUCGUCACACUUUCAACCCCAAGAGACAAGCUGUUUUGCAAAUCUUCUGCACUGGGUCACUCCACAUUUUGAAAGAAUAUUAAAAGUGGCCAUUUGCUGACCAGAUUUUGACAUCUGUCUACCAUGAGGUUUGCAGUGACCCUGCGUGCUGGUGCUUUGUUACUUCUUUUGGGCUUCACCUGGCUUCUAGCAAAUUCUAUGCUAGGAGGGGAUGGGAACUCCUUGAUACGGAUGCUCUUUAGUGGUGGACAAGAAGAACCAACUCUAGAACCACGACCACGCAAGUACAAAUGUGGCCUUUCAGCACCGUGCCCCCCCAAACAUCUGGCAUUCCGGCUGACUUCUGGUGCUGCCAAUGUCAUCGGUCCCAAAAUCUGUCUGGAGGAUAAAAUUCUUGUCAGCAGUGCUAAAAACAAUGUUGGCAGAGGUCUCAAUAUUGCUUUAGUAAAUGGGGUCAGUGGAGAAGUUUUGGAAAUAAAAGCAUUUGAUAUGUGGGUAGGAGAGGUUUCAGAGCUUCUGAAGUUUCUUCGGCCUCUCCAUGAAGGAACGCUAGUAUUUGUUGCUUCUUUUGAUGACCCAGCCACCAAGUUAAAUGAUGAGGCCCGGCGGCUGUUCGAGGAGCUGGGGAGCACAGCAGCGAAGGAACUGAGCUUCAGGGACAGCUGGGUGUUUGUUGGAGCCAAAGGAAUAGAGAAUAAGAGUCCAUUUGAACAGCGAAUGAAGAACAGUAAAAGCAGUAAUAAAUAUGAAGGCUGGCCUGAGUCUCUGGAGAUGGACGGCUGCAUUCCUCUGCGUGCUCCAUUAGAAACUUAAGGACUCACAGGGUCUUUGAACUGUAGGAACACAUCAAACCCAAAAAUCAAGGAGCACCAUGUGCAAAAUUGGCUUUGAUUCAGAAAGUGACUCAGCCAUCUGAAAUGAAAAACUGAAAUGAACAUAGAAGUGGAAGUUAAUGGAAGUUGUCUGGUCCAGUGGAAUUAGAAUGGUUGUAACUGACCAAAGAAGAAUUUAUUUUUUGUUCUUUAUUGUAUUUUUAAAAAUAUUUAAACGGUAUGUUUAGGAAGGUUAUAUACACAGUUUAAAAUGUGUGAAGUUGAUACGGUAUAAAAGCUGUGUCUAGCCAUUGCUCUGAAGGAUAGCAUUUGCAUUUACAUUCAAAGACAGAUAAUUCUAUACACAAUAAAGUAUGUACAGAGAGUUAA